AUGACCGCCCCACCGCACGCGGCGACCCACAAGCUCACGCAGACACACACCCAGCGCCCUCCCACGCCGCCCAGCUCAACCUCCGACUCGGGUUCCCCACCCCCUCCUCGCGACCGACGCAACCGCGACGCACGCGACUCGCACACCCCCAACUCGCGACCAGACGGACCAAUGGCCGACUUUGACCCGCUCGAGGGGUAUGCAGACGAGGAACACGGCCGAGAGGGACCUGCACGAGGCGACGGGCUGCGCAGGAGACGCUCGCGAGCAGGAGAGGGCUCGUACAACGAGGAAGGGCGGGGCUCGGGUCAGUCGCGCAGGGCGCGCAGGAACCGCCACUCGAUGCGCGGAGGGAAAGGCGUCGCACUCGAGCCACCGCGAGACCCGGACUUGUUCCUCUCGGACGACAACUUUCACGAGCACCUCGAGGCAGAGAAGACCUCCGGAUGGCACCACCUCCCGCUCAUCCUCGUCGCGCUUCCUCCGCUCGGUGCGAUCGUGCAUGGCAGGGCAGAGAACUGGUCCGACGCCAUCGUCCUCGCGCUCGUCGUCUUCUACCUCUACCAGCUCAUCAAGGUGCCGUGGGACCUCUACUACGCCUCCUACACGCGCACCGUCCUACCCUCCUCGCUCUCGCCCACACUCCCUCCCGAAGACCCCUCCGUGACCGCCCUCCGCGCCGCCUCCUCCCGCUCCCUCCGCCGCGCAGAACUCUUCUCCCUCCUUCUCACUUUCCUCGUCCCCGCCGUUGGCGCUUCGAUCCUCCAUUACGCGCGUGGACUGCUCAGCGAUCCGGAGAGAUACAUCAACCGCUUCUUGAUCGGGUUGUUUGUCGUCGGGAGUAGCGUCAAGCCUGUCGGACAUGCGGUCAAGCUCUUGAAGCACCACUCGCUCUACCACCAAACGCUCGUCCACUACCCCUCCGCCGAGAUCGCCCUCCUCUCCUCGCGCAUCGAACACCUCGAAUCGCGCCUGACCACUCUCCAAUCCUCGACCUCCUCUCAGCCUGCCCAGCCUUCGACCAGUCCAGAAGAAGUCAGCACCCUCUCCCGCGCGUUGAGGCGAACCCAGCUCUCGCUCCAGAACACCAAGCUCGAGUCGGAGGAGAAGACGCGCGAGGUCGUCGAAGCGGUCGGAGAAGUCGUUCGUGUUGUCGAGAAACAAGAAGAGGAACUCGAGCUCCUCCGCGCAUUGGUCGACCAGCUUUCGUCGACUCAGUCGGCUUCAGCCUCGUCGAGUUACGCAAGGCGCGGACUCGUCUCGGGCGUCUUGAGGGCCCUCCUGAUGCACUUUGCCUACCCGCCUCCCUCCUCGCACGGCGGACGGGACCACUCGCUCGUCACGCGCCUCGCACUCUUGCCUGUCUCGUUGCCCGCUACGAUCGCGAGCUGGACGCUCCAGACUGGCGCGAGGGGCGCGGUGGGCAUGCUUGGCUGGCGAGAGGACGAGUACGAGGGAGGCGGGGUGAAAGGAGGGAACGCGAGGAGGUUGGGCGGCGCGGGUGGGAAGAGCAGGGGCAGGGGGUUGCCUGCUCCGACGGUCUACGACGACGACGAUGAGGAGGAAGAGACGGAGGGUGAGAAGGCGGAGGCGGCGAGGUACGCCAGGAAGGACCGCGGGUGGGUCGAUGUCGCACCUCGUGCGGCUGCGGCUCGCCCGUCUGCGAUGACGGCGCGCAAGCUCCGUCCUGCGGGUGAUGCGGUCAGCGGUGGACGAAGGAACCGCUGA